ACACGCGCUCCGAAAGUUCAGCAUGCAGGAAGUUUGGGGAGAGCUAGGCGAUUAGCUCAGCGUCCUGGGCCAUCGCUGGGCGAGCGCAGGCAGCGAGAGCGCGGCGCGGCGUCGGUCCCGGGAGCGGAACCUGGCUUUUUCUUGGAGCGACGCUGUCCCUAGGUCGCUGAUCCCAAUGCACCGCCUCAUCCUCGUCUACGUUCUAGCCUACGUAAACUUUUACUGCUUUUGGGACACUUCUGCAACUCCGCAGAGCGCAUCCAUCAAAGCUUUGCGCAACGCCAACCUCAGACGAGAUGAGAGCAAUCACCUCACAGACUUGUACCGAAGAGAUGAAACCAUCCAGGUGACAGGAAACGGCCAUGUGCAGAGUCCUCGCUUCCCGAACAGCUACCCUCGGAACCUGCUUCUGACAUGGAGGCUGCAUUCCCAGGAGAAAACAAGGAUACAGCUAGCAUUUGACAAUCAGUUUGGAUUGGAGGAAGCAGAAAAUGAUAUCUGUAGGUAUGAUUUUGUGGAAGUUGAAGAUAUAUCUGAAACCAGUACUGUUAUAAGAGGACGAUGGUGUGGACACAAGGAAGUUCCUCCAAGGAUAACAUCAAGAACAAACCAAAUUAAAAUAACAUUCAAGUCUGAUGAUUACUUUGUGGCUAAACCUGGAUUCAAGAUUUAUUAUUCUUUUGUGGAAGAUUUCCAACCCGCUGCAGCCUCAGAGACUAACUGGGAGUCAGUCACAAGCUCCAUCUCAGGGGUAUCCUAUCACUCUCCAUCAGUAACGGAUCCCACUCUUACUGCGGAUGCUCUGGACAAAACAAUUGCAGAGUUUGAUACUGUGGAGGAUCUGCUUAAGCACUUCAAUCCAGAAUCGUGGCAAGAAGAUCUUGAGAAUCUGUAUUUGGACACCCCUCAUUAUCGAGGCAGGUCAUACCAUGACAGGAAGUCAAAAGUUGACCUGGACAGACUCAAUGAUGAUGUCAAGAGGUACAGCUGCACUCCCAGGAAUUACUCGGUCAAUUUAAGAGAGGAGCUGAAGUUGACGAAUGUGGUCUUCUUUCCACGUUGCCUCCUUGUGCAGCGCUGUGGAGGAAAUUGUGGCUGUGGAACUGUCAACUGGAAGUCCUGCAUUUGCAAUUCAGGAAAAACUGUGAAAAAAUAUCAUGAGGUACUAAAAUUUGAGCCUGGUCCUGUCAAGAGGAGGGGCAGAGCUAAGAACAUGGCUCUUGUUGACAUCCAGUUGGAUCACCAUGAGCGUUGUGAUUGUAUCUGCAGCUCAAGACCACCUCGAUAAAAGAAUGUGCAUAUACUUACAUUAAGCCUGAAAGAACCGUUAGUUUAAGGAGGGUGUGGUAAGGUACCCUUCUCCCACCAGCAACCAAACUUGCUACUAGCCCACAAUGCAAUGAAUGCAAGUGGUUGCUUAGUUUCAACCUAGCUUUAUUAGUGUCAUGUAAAGUAG